GUUACGUUUUCUUCGAAGACAGUCUGUCGUGGUUUGACGCAAAAGAAGAAUGCGCCGUUAUCAAUAUGACUCAAGUGUCUAUUGGUAGUGAGCAGGAACUGGAUGACCUCAAGACGAGGUUUGGGACAAACAUAACAAAUAACGAGAUUUGGACUGGCUUAUACACUAAGGCAGACAAUUGUUCGGGCUAUACCUGGGAUGGCGGAGGCGUGGCCACUUGGCAAGAGUGGGGAACUGGUGAACCUGAUGAUUGUAACACACACACGUGUGUCCGACUGAAAUAUGGCAAAUUGAAUACAAAGAAAUGUUCAAAAACGUAUUCAUUUAUCUGUGAAGCACAACCAGACACGACUUCUUUGGUAGAGGAGUCUACAAUAGUCACUUCCGGUUAUAAUGGUGUAACUAAAUACACCACUUCCGGUUCAGUUGAUGAAACGGAAUAUACUACCACCGACAAGGUUGCUGUAACUGCAGAUUUAAUCGCUGGUAACUUAAGAAACGUUUCCUGUCUCUGCAAUGUUGAUGCGCUGAACAAUACAAGUCAACUCCUCGGAAUCAUGCCGUCCUCGAUUGCCCUCCAAAACAGACUGUUGAUGGCAGGUUACGUUCCGGCAUGUCCAUGGAAAUAUUGGUGGGGAAAUGGGUCGGUAUCGCUUAACAGAGAAGAACAACUAGCACUACUGAGUGCUUUGAAAAUGCAACUGAGUGUAGCGAAGGAGACCACUAGCUUGUACAGGCGUAGACGAAUCAGUGCCCCUGACAAUAGGACCAGUGCUGUAUCUGUUGGUGUCUUGGGGAUAUGUCUGCUUGUCGGUUUCUUUGGAUCUGUUUUAGCAAUGGACGCGUCAACGUUGUAUAUAUACUGGAAAACACAUAAAGACAACGUGAAAUGAAUGUUUGCCAAUGUUGUCAGGAAACGAUCCAGAGGUCACGAUUGCCCUCCAAAACACUGACAAUAGCCCAAUUAAACACCCGUUUUUAAACACAUAAAGGCAACGUGAAAUGAAUUAUUGCCAAUAUCGUUGUGUAUGAACAGCAGAAACAGAGAAGCAAACAUGCAUGUUUACGUUGUAGCGUACAUGUAGACUGCAAGUGUCAUUUAUAAAUAUGUUAUUGCUCGAAUUAGA